CCGCCUUUGCUACCGACGCCGCAGUUGCCGCAGCAUAGUUCUGCCAUCCUUUGUUUUUGUGUAUACAUGGCAUCUCAUCCCAUACGCCUGCUCCUUCCAUCUUAUGCCUGGUUUGUUCAGUUAUCGGAUCGCAAAAGUCCACAAUGCCGAGCACAGUUUAUAACGGUCCCAUUAGCGGACAAAACUUCGUGGCCGGAGCGCUGGCGACUCACGGCGGUGUUAUGAACAUCCACUUGGCCGACAAAACAAAUCUCCCCUAUUCUUCUGGUCCCGACUACAUCGACCGGCCGAUUAUUUUGGAUUUGCUCCAGGAAAAGCUCAAUCAAUCUCCCAGUCGGGCUGCGCUUGUCGGACUUGGGGGUAUUAGGAAGUCGAAGCUCGCCAUACGCUACGCCGAAAAGCUACACGAAGAGUCUCCGGAAACAUACAUUUUCUGGGUUAAUUCAGCCACCAAGAACACAUUUGUCCAAGGCUUCCGCCGCAUUGCCGAAAAACUUGGCCUUCCCAAAGCUUAUGAAGCAAACACCAAUAUGCUCAGCCAGGUGUUCAACUGGCUACGUGAUGAAGAGAAGCAUUGGGUUCUGAUUCUUGAUAACGCCAAUGAUCUCUUCGUAUUCAGGGAUCAAAGAACCACUAGCGACGUCCCUCCAGCAAUUGACUCGGAGGUGCUAGAUUCAUUCCUGCCACAGACAGGUAACGGCAGAAUCCUGAUCACGACACGCAGUCAAGCUACGGCCAGGAUCCUGGCACUCGGCCCGGAAAAUGUCGUGCUGGUCGAUGAGAUGGACGAGCAUCAAGCGAGACUGCUUUUCAUGAAAAAGCUUGGUCCAUCGGGCGAAAGCAGCGAGAUCUCACGGGAGCUUGUUCUCGCCCUAAACUGCAUCCCUCUUGCUGUGUCUCAGGCGGCAGCAUACAUCCGCAAGCUAAGGCCUCGGGUGACGUGUGCUAAAUUCUUGGAGAACUUCAAUGACAGAAACUUCAUUGUUGUUGGCAGUCGUGUCAGCCAGGAAGUUGAGAUAAAGACCUGGCAAAUCACUUUCGAUCAAAUACGACAUGAGCGGCGCUUCUUUCAGCCCCAGGAAAUCCCGGACUGGGUACUUCAGAAGUACUAUAGCGAGAAGGACGAGAGCAGCAGCAUUGAUGUCAGCCACGAUAACGAGGAUGAAUUUGAGGAUGAUCUCGCCCUGUUACGCGACUACUCCCUUGUGACGGUGGCUCAAGACGGAAAAUCGCUCCAGAUGCACAGCCUUGUACAAUCUUGUACCAGAAGCUGGUUGGAAGCUUCGCACGAGGAACACAAAUGGAGGCGCUGCUUUUAUCGAUUGAUGAUCAAAAAUUAUCCCGAAGCUGAGCCGGAAAACUGGGGUGUUUGUGAGUUAACGCCACAUGUUGAGCCCUUGGUGACUACAACUGCAGCUCAGCUGGAGGGGUUCAACGAAGCAAGUGACUUUAUCAACCUACUCCGCAGAACCGGUGAUUACAAUAAUGCGAUGGGUAACUUGGAGGCGGCAUUGAAGUUGAUGAGGAAAGCAGAGGAACUGGCUGUACAAAAGCUAGGUCAGCACCAUGAACAGGUUUAUAUUGUUUCAGCCCACAAGGCGAAGGUAUUGCUUGACUGCGGUUCCGAGCAGUUCAAUACUGAGGCGGAAGAAGCUGCCCUUGGAGCAUACCGAGGCUUGACUAGCCUUCUCGGCUUGGACAAUCCGAAUACCCGUUAUGCAGGAGAGAUAUAUGCUAUAUCCCUGGAGAGGACAGGAAAACUAGACGAAGCGCAAGCCAUAUAUGUGGAAGUGCUGGAGUCCCAGAAGCGUGUCACAAGUCCUGAGUUUAUGGGGUCAAGUUUUACCCUUAGGGGGCUUGGGAAUAUUGCUUACAGAAACGGCGAUUAUAAAGAAGCGGAGAGAUUCUACCAUCUGGCACACCAGUCUUCCAGUAGUACAGACGGCUUGACAUCUCCGUCUACACUCGUCAAUCUGUAUAGAGUUGCACUUGUUUUAGUGGCACAAAAAAAAGGGGAAGAGGCGGAGCCUAUCAUCGAUGAAGUGGUGGAGCGAAAUAAUGAGAUGUUUGGUCCAGAGCAUCCGAAUACACUUUUGGCUUGUAACCUUCAAGCUGCCAAUUUGCGGUUUAAGGAGGCCGAAGACAUACGCUAUAGAAUAUUGGAGGCCCAGAAGAAAGUACUCGGUCUUGAGCACCCUUCAACAAUCUGGACUCUCAGGGGGUAUAGAGAUGUCUUGCUGCUUCAGGGUAAAUGGGACGCGGCGGAGGAAAUCUGUCGGCAAGUUUGGGAAACGCAAAGGAGAAUUCUAGGUCCUGAGCACCCUGAUACACUCGGGGUGCUUGAAAUGGUUGGCGUGGUUGGAUACCUGAUUGUGGAGCUUGGCCAAUUGGAGGAAGCAGACGAUAUUCUUCAUGAAGUGUUGGAACUACAGAAGCGAGUACUAGGUCCUGAGCACCCUAAAAUCCUUAACACCCUGGGUCGCCUUGGAUUUGCAGAGAGUAUCUUUCGUGAACGCUGCCAGCUGGAGCAGCGAAUCCGGGGCCCUACGCAUCCUGACACGCUCAUGAACCUCGAGAAAUUUGGCGCUUGCCAAAACCGCUCCGGAGAGAAUGAGUGA